AUGACUACUGACGUACGUAGGCUUAUGCUUAUGAUGGGUGGAGCUGGAGGCAACGCUGCACAGAAGAUUGUUCGAGUUCCACAGUCGCUCGCCCAAACUGGCCAACAGCAAGGGCCGCAACCUGGUGCAAUACCGGUUCAAUUGCUACAACACCAGCAACAGCAGCAAUUUUCCCAAACUCCCGUUGCUAUAUCUCAGUCCCUGAGCUCCCCUGUAAAUACGUUUACUUCUUUGCCUCAAGGUGUAAAUAAUGUUCGGGCGAGUACAAAUGUAAAUAUCUCCAAUCUUAAUGGAAUGAUUAACUCUCUUACACAACAGACAAACGUCGGCCAAAUUCUAAAUAAUGUUAAUCCGGCAAUAACUACUCGCCAGGGAAUUGGUCUCGCUAAUCUCCAACAACAACGGCAGAAUCACGCUCUUAAUGGAGUAGUUGGUAAUGUGAGUAGUAACUCAACACAUAAUGCAAUUGGAACAGUACAGGGACUACAAAUGAGUCCCAAUAGUGCGGUUGGAAUGUCUCCUUCGAAAUCAACUAUAACUACUCCCGCGGGAGUUCGACCGCCGCCAAAUAUAAAUGUUCGACCAAAUAAUACUCAGGCGUUAAAACAAGGGAAUGUAGCUACGAUUAAUCGUUCUACUCAGCCAGUGAAUGCGACGUUGAUGGCUAAUAAUGCUGUUCCGCGACCAGGGAGUGGAGAGUCGAUUGCUGUAGCAGUGAAAAACGAGCAGUCACCUAGUAUUCAAAAUAGAAGACGAUCUUCUACGAGCUCUGCCGGGAGAGCUGUUAAACCACCUGCACCCGUUACUCCUGGAAAUGGUACCGUGUCAAAAGCUAAUGGAACAACUGGAAAUCCGAAUAACUCUGUGGUAGCUAAUCAAGCCGUUCGUGCAAGUAUGUCUGCUACUACGACUGCUCAGUUAAAAAAACUGUCUGAUAAAGAAUACAAUGAUGCUGCCUCGCACGUUAAAGAGUCUGAGAAAAAGUCUAAGCGUCGAGUAGUUGUACAUCCAUUAAAUUUGCCUGAAGAAGAUAUCCGUAAGAUAGAGUUGUUCAUUCCCGAACUACAGCGCCUGAACUCGGAAAUGGACGAAACGCUCGUCUAUUUUUGGCAUUUUACUCGUAACCAGAGAGGUCUUGACAAUGUCUUAAUAAGUCGGUUUCUUAUCGAUGAUUUUCUUAAAGGCUGGCAACAAAAGAAAUAUCAUAUGAAAGCUGAUUCGUUAGAGAGUAGCAUGAAGUAUCUUAAAGAUACUGUGAAUACUGUUCGUAAUUUGCGCCAAGGCAAACAGGAUGAAUCUUAUGCACAUUUAAACAAGAGCCCAGUAAUGAAUCAGUCAGACAUUGAAAAUCUACUUCCAAAGAAACAAAUCGACCUCAAAAUUCCGGAAAAACGAGAGAGACAUGUUAAUUCAGGGCCUAAUAAACGGUUAAGGAAUUCUGCACAUGAACAAAUGAGAAGAUCGAGCGUUAUAAGUCCUGUAGAUGAAUUAGACAAUGAGGAGGAGGAAUGUAGUGUCGAAAAGAUGGAGAAUACAUUCACAAAGAUAAAGUUAAUGUUGAAGGACGCUGCAGAAAAAGAGAGGGAGAGAGAGACUAGGAACAAGAAUAGAUUAGGAACAGCCACCAGAAACGACCGCGUGAUGAUUGAGGGACAUGUUGCUCCUCCCAGGCUGUUGGAUUCUACCAAAGUAUUUGUUGGGCUUGGCAGUGCUAUAUGA